UUUGGACUUGCGGCGACCCAUCGCGCACCAACUGAAUCAAGCCUGUGUGAGAAAGAGACAAAAGACAGGCGGCUUCAACAAGAAGAACAUGUUGGACGGGUGAAUACCACCGAAGAGGGAAUAUGUGAGAAAUACUGUAAAUGUCAGUGAUGUGGACGGUGAAGGUGGUCGGCCUGGGUGCGGUGGCCCUCUCUCUAAGUGUGGAGCUGCUUUGCUGGCUCGUCCGUCGCCUCAGACCUGGAAGAACCCUCAAUGAGGUCCUCUUCUUUCCCUCAGAGAUGGCCUGUGUGGAGCAUAUCUUCUCUCCCUCGUUGCCUCAGUCCUGUUGCUGCCCGUUGCCUCAUGGCAUAGAGACCUCUUUCUCCCGUCUUCUUCGCCACAUCCUGUCUGCUUCCUCCUCUUUGGACUUGUGUAUCUUUGCCUUCUCCAACAUGGACCUGUGCAGGGCUGUGCUGGCGCUGCAUAGCAGAGGAGUCACCAUCCGAGUCCUCACUGACAAGCAAUACACUGCCAUCUCUGGCUCCCAGAUAGGUGUCCUCCGCAAGGCUGGGAUCUGUGUGCGGUGCGACGUGGGCUCCGAUUACAUGCAUCACAAGUUUGCAGUGGUGGACGGCAGGCUGCUCAUCACCGGCUCCCUCAACUGGACGCUGACAGCAGUGCAGAGCAACAUGGAGAACAUCCUCAUCACCGAGGAGCCAGACCUGGUGCGACCCUUCAUGGAGGAGUUCCACAAGUUGUGGGGGCAAAACGAUCGAGCUCGAUACCUCCACUCAAGUGCCCAAAAACCUGCUAACAUCACCAUCAGAAUCAGUGACUGAUUAGCCAGGAUUAAUAGUGAGUCAGAGCUCAUCCAGCCUUUGAGGUAGAAGGUAUGCGUGAUGAAACGGUUCAGUCAGACAUUAUUUUAUCUUGUUUCUUCUCAAGUUUUGAUUCUGCUACUUCUGGCUGUGGCUGUGAAGGACUGUAAGUGACAAUGUUAUCGUUCAAGAUGCUGGAAGUUUGACGGCAGUUUUAUUUUUAAAUGUGUCCCAGAAAACAUGUCUGAUUUACCAGGCUGAGUUUGCAUUUAAGAGUUCCCGUUUGAUUCAGGUUUCUUACAUUUACUAUUUGGCACUGGUCUAAGAUGAAGAUGAUAUCCACAACAUAGAUGUGUUUGAGAGAAUGCCUCUGUUUGUGUUGGGUAAGAAUAUUUCUUUAUUCUUUAAAUUCAAGUUUAUGUUUGUUAUAUUGUGUCAAAUACUGUUGCUUUAUUUUAAAGAUCUCCACCAAGGUGUUCAAAUUAAUCUUCUUUCAUCGUGGUAAUUUUGUAAUCAAUAAUCCAUUAUACAUUUUCUCCCUUGGAACUAAAGGGAUUAGUUUAAUUCCUUUAUUUAAAAACCCCUCCACAGUUCACCUUGUGUCUAACUGCACACUAAAUUACACUGUCUGUAAAAAAUCCAGUGUAUAGUUUAGGGUAUGCUACUGCAGUCUCAGGGAAGAUGUUUGCCAAGCACCAAUAAAAACCCUCUUUCACACUGCUGUUCUGGCAGGUCUGUUGCAUCACUGCCCUGAGGCUGUAGUUUUUCUCUUGCUCCAACAUGAUUUAGCCUGUCUCAAAUUCACAGUAAGGCCUUACAGCAUAAAAACACGCCAGUUUUCUCAAUGAUUCAGAAUACCAUCUUUUGAGGUUUGCAAACCCGAGGAGAGCUGAUCUGGUUUGGACAUGCUUAUUGUGCCUUGGUGCAUGACUCCACUGCAUUGCUCACAGUCAGGAUAAUGAUUGUCGAUAAAGGCCAGGGCUGCUUGGGUUUGUCUGAUUCAAGACUUGUAAUAUUUCAACGAUUUACAUUUUGAAGUUUAGCGUAUUAAAUGGGAAUGUUAGACUUUACAAAUCAGCUGCUCUAUUUCAUCCACGGUAUUAAAGUGACCGAUUAAACUGAGAGGUCAU